CUUGCAAAUACUCUAUUGUUACAUUCUGUGCCCCUCUCCGCUCACUUAAAUGAUUAACUCCACCCCAGAAAAGAACUUUGUUGCAAUAUCCGGAGGAGAGAGGGAUCGUGACCCUCAAACCAUGGGGCCUGUCAGCUACUCCUCAGAGACCUAUGACUUGAGCCAGGUGGAGCUGAGUGGUUACUAUGAAGCUGAGAACACCACCCCUUCUUUGGAGGGCUACUUCUGCUUCAACCCAGCCUCAUCUGUGGUUGGCAACCAGGGAGACCCCUUCAGAAAGGUCUUCAUGCCCCUCAUCUAUCUGCUGAUGUUUGUGUUGGGGACUCUGGGCAAUGCUCUGGUCCUGGUCAUUUUAGAGAGGUUCAAGCGGUCUCGUACUACCACAGAAAACUUCCUUUUCCACCUCACCCUCGCCAACCUAGCACUGUUGCUCACCUUCCCAUUCAGUGUGGUGGAGAGCCUGGCUGGGUGGGUAUUUGGGAGGUUCCUCUGUAAGAUACUCAGUGCUGUCCACAAGAUCAAUUUCUACUGCAGUAGCAUGCUGCUGGGGUGCAUCGCAGUGGACCGUUACCUGGCCAUCGUCUAUGCGAUCCACACCUACCGCAAACGCAGAGCUCGCUCCAUCCACCUCACCUGCACAGCUGUCUGGCUCUGCUCAUUGCUUCUGACUUUACCUGAUCUCAUCUUCAUGGAAGUCUGGACAGAUGACAGCAACCGCAGCAUUUGCUAUUUUCCAGAAGUUGGGAUUGAUGGAAACAAUGCAUGGCUGGCAACUCGCUUCCUCUACCACACCGUGGGCUUCUUUGUGCCUCUGCUGGUCAUGUGUUACUGCUACAUGGCCAUCAUCCGGGCACUGUGUCAGUCCCAGCGCCUGCAGAGGCAAAAAGCUGUCCGUGUGGCCAUACUGGUCACAGGCAUCUUCCUCCUGUGCUGGAGCCCAUACCACAUUGUCAUCUUCCUGAACACGCUUACCAAGCUAGAAGCCUUCACCAAGAACUGCCUCCUGGAAGACCAACUGGACACAGCCAUCAUGGUGACAGAGGCCAUUGGCUUCACACACUGCUGCCUCAACCCCAUCCUCUACGCUUUUAUUGGGGUCAAGUUCCGUAAUGACUUCUUCCGGAUCCUGCAGGAGCUUGGCUGCAUAAGCCAGGAGACCCUGCAAGAGAUCCUGGAGGUGGCAAGGAAGGGUAGUGGGAUAGAGUCUGACAACAUCACCUCCAUCUCCACUUUCUAG